CCUGCUGUCUCUCUCUCGUUACUCUGCGCGCCUGCUGUCUGUCUCUCUCGUUACUCUGCGCGCCUGCUGUCUGUCUCUCUCGUUACUCUGCGCGCCUGCUGUCUGUCUCUCUCGUUACUCUGCGCGCCUGCUGUCUGUCUCUCUCGUUACUCUGCGCGCCUGCUGUCUGUCUCUCUCGUUACUCGGCGCGCCUGCUGUCUGUCUCUCUCGUUACUCGGCACGCCUGCUGUCUGUCUCUCUCGUUACUCGGCGCGCCUGCUGUCUGUCUCUCUCGUUACUCUGCGCGCCUGCUGUCUGUCGCUUGUUCCAUUGGAUACUCCGCGCGCCUGCUGUCUGUCUCUCUCGUUACUCUGUGCGCCUGCUGUCUGUCGCUUGUUCCAUUGGAUACUCCGCGCGCCUGCUGUCUGUCGCUUGUUCCAUUGGAUACUCCGCGCGCCUGCUGUCUGUCGUUUGUUCCAUUGGCAACCUGAUUUUCAGCAUACCUUUAGAUAUAUUGUAACACCUUGUAUCAUAACCAUAUGCUUGUCUUUUCAGCACUCAUUAGCCAGUGGCAUCAGGAGUCAAAAGAGACUGUGAUCUCUCUCCUCCUCACCCACCUUCCGCUGCUGCAGCCACGGAACACUGAUGCCAAAUGCGAGUACAUGAAACUCCUGCAAAAGGUGCUGGCGUACACCACAGAGAGCAACUCGUACAUAGAGGAAAGUCGUCAGCUGCUGUCCUAUGCGCUGAUCCACCCAGCUACCACACUCGAUGACCGCAACUCUUUAGCUUUGUGGCUUAACCAUCUUGAGGAACGGCUCUCCACAGGCUACAGCCGGCAUGGCAGAGCAGAUGCCCCUCACACACACAUGCGGCAAGGUUCAGACGAGUGGCAGACAACAGCAGAUUCUGGCAUAGGUGAGGCUGUGCAUGGCUGGCAGGACAAGCCACUCCGUGAAAAUGGACUACUGCCCUUCCAUUCCUCCAGCUCUGUGCCAUCUGCCAUCCAGAGUGUUGGGAGCAGUACAGGUAUGAUGGGAUUCUGGUUACAAGCAGGGAUGUGGCGUUUGUAUUACCAGACGCCAGAGAAAUGCAGUUUCGGGCACCUAUUGAGCAGUUUUUCGAUUUUAAGCCCUACCCCAGGCAAGCGGCAAGGUUGCUGGGGUAGGGUGUGUUGGGAAGGACUGUCUAAUUCCCCUAAAUUUGGCUAGGGCUGCGGUUGACUGCCAUGGGGAGGUAAAUUGAACUUUAAUCACACACAGAGGUUCCUUCAUGGCUUUUAACAGAGCAAGAGAUAAAAAAUAAUUCUAGAUUAAACAGACUGUGCAGUAAAGGAAACUAAAAUAUCUAAGUUCCUUUUCAGGAAGUGUGUAGGAAGGCCAUGUAAGUCAAAUGCAGGAAGGUGUGCCUAGGGCUGUAUAAACGACAUGAUUUAACUCCUAGAUGGCAGAGAAUUGAGCAGUGAGACUGCAUAGGCAUGAUCUAUACACCAAAACAGCUUUAUGAAGCUAAAGUUGUUUUGUUGGUUAUG